UCUUCCCCUCUUUUCCUCAUUUUCCCCCUCUUCUUCCUUCGCUCUCUCCCUAUAUUAUUUCUGUUUCUCUACCAUAGAAUUUUUAGCUCUCUUACUGUUUUAACUAUCAUCUUUGUUAAAUUUCCCGGAAUUUAACUGUCUAUUUACCCAAUAUCGUCUCUCUCACUCAAAGUUACUGCCAUGUACAUAUAGGUUUAUAAACACUGCAGAAAAUUUUCACCCAGAAAUCAAGCUUUCAGCUUUAUUAGUUUAUAUAUAGAUAUAAUAUACCCAUUUUAAUUACUAUCAAAAUACUAGAUUUUUUUAUUAAAUUGAAUAAGAUAACUCUUUCAAUAAUGGGAUUUGUUCUUGAUAUUUGCUUGCUGCUUUUGAAUUUGUGCCCUUAAGUAACAGCUGUGGAGUCCGUUUCUUUGCCUUUUGCUUUAGUAGUCAAGGCCCUCAAGACAAAGGGAGAGUUGUGCUCUGUGAGAGAGAAAAGCCUUGUGCUUUAGGAAUACUGUCUGUUUAUUUUUUUUUAAUUUUUAAUUUUUUAACUUUCUAUCCUGUUUUCUCUCUCUUUCUCUCUCAAUAUCUUUCCCUUUCUCUCACAUAAACCGCUUACAUGCCGCUGCUUAAAUUGGCAAAGUCUUAAAGGUGGGUUUCUAGGCUUGAGGAUACCUUUUCCUUUUUCUCCCUUACUUCAGUUAAAGUUAAGAGUCCAGAGAGAGUGAUUUCUGGUGUUUUCCAUGGUUAAAGCAGGUCUUAUAGCUCAAUCCUACUGUGACAGUUUCUUCUUUUCCUCCUCUCCUUGUUCUAGCUUAGCUUCUCUCUUCUAUCCCAUGCACAAGUAUAUGUUUGUAUUUCCUUUUUUGAUUAUUUGCAGUUUUGGUUUUAUUCCUCAUCUGGGUAUUGCUUAAUUUUGUUAUUUGAUUUCUUGUUUUCUAGUUGAAUCAUCACCAAGUGUUUGAAAGUCUGCUUCUGAUAAGACCCAUCUCAAAAGCACACCCAAAAAUCAUAUAUUUUAUGCAUAUUUUUGGUUUCAAGUCAUCAAAGGCCUAAUCCAAUAUAUCCAUAUAAUUCAUGAUUUCUGGUGUAAAUAGAUAGCCAACAGGGAUAUGAUUGGGGAGCUACUGUAUAAAGUUAAUUUCGUAGAAAAUCUCAAGACUUUGCGAGAAAGAAGAUAACAUCAGCAGCGGCGAUGAGCAAGAGUAACUUAGGAUCCAUCAGUAGCUCUGAUCUUAUUGAUGCAAAGCUUGAAGAGCAUCAGCUGUGUGGAUCCAAGCAGUGUCCUGGUUGUGGACACAAGAUUGAAGGGAAGCCGGAUUGGGUAGGUCUACCAGCAGGAGUGAAAUUUGAUCCAACAGACCAAGAACUGAUAGAACACCUUGAAGCAAAAGUAGAAGCCAAAGACAUGAAAUCUCACCCUUUGAUUGAUGAGUUCAUCCCCACCAUUGAAGGAGAAGAUGGGAUUUGUUAUACCCAUCCUGAGAAACUUCCAGGAGUUACAAGAGAUGGCCUAAGCAGGCAUUUUUUCCAUAGACCAUCUAAGGCUUACACAACGGGCACAAGAAAGAGAAGAAAAAUUCAAACUGAAUGUGACAUGCAAGGAGGAGAGACAAGGUGGCAUAAAACAGGCAAGACAAGGCCAGUCAUGUUGAAUGGCAAACAAAAGGGUUGCAAGAAGAUCCUAGUCCUCUACACAAAUUUUGGGAAAAAUCGAAAACCUGAAAAGACUAAUUGGGUCAUGCACCAAUACCACCUUGGUCAGCAUGAGGAAGAGAAAGAAGGAGAACUUGUGGUCUCUAAGAUCUUUUAUCAAACACAACCAAGGCAAUGCAAUUGGACUGAUAGGACUGCUAUUACUGGUGAAGGAAGCAAUGAUCCCAAUAGCAGAAGGGACAGUGGUAGCGGGAGCUGCUCAUCAAAAGAAAUAAUUCCACACAGAGAUGAAAUAACUGGAGCUGGGGUUGCUGCUGCUCUAUCAUCCUACAGUGCCAUUGAUAUCCAACAGUUAAAAUCUGAUCAUUUUGGGUUCCCCCCAUUCAGGAAAAGCUUUGAUGAGGUGGGGAUAGGAGAGGCUUCAACGGCAAGGGAAGCCCCAGUAUCAGGCACAUGUAAUGACAUUGGGGAGCACCAUCAAAGGCCACAUCAUAUGGCCCAUGAUCAUCAUCAACAACAGCCACAACACCACCAUGUACACCAUCAGAUUGCUACCGCAGCCUUCCAAAUCAGCAGGCCUUCACAUCCCAUAUCCGCCAUCAUCUCUCCGCCACCUCUCCAUCACACUUCCAUCAUUCUUGAAGAGGAUCCUUAUCAUGUCUCCAGAUUAAUGCUUCAAAACGAAAUCCAGCAGCAGCACCACCACCACCACCACCAACAGCAACAGCAGCACCACCACCACCAACAGCAACAGCAGCAGCAGCAUCAUAAACUGGGAGGAAGAUCUGCAUCUGGUCUAGAAGAACUCAUAAUGGGUUGCACGUCGACUGAUAUUAAAGAAGAGUCAUCCAUUGCAAACCCACAAGAAGCUGAAUGGUUGAAGUACUCUUCAUUCUGGCCAGACCCUGACAACCAGGAUCAUCAUGGGUAGGAGCAAAAAAUAAUAUAGAAUAAACAUAAACCCUACAGACAACAUCAUUAUCAUCAUCAAUAGUACUUGAAGCCUCCCACAAGUUUUUGUAAGAAGAGGCCAAGAAAUCAUCCAUAUGGUUUGCUCUUUUUUCUUCUUGUGGGGACCUUCCUAAGUUGCUAUGGCUCUCAACUGAACUAACUGUUGGAAAGAAAGAAGAAAGAAGAAAGAACAAAAGAAAAAAGAAAAGAAAGAAAGAAAAAGAAACCAAGAAAGGCUGCUGUCUACUAACAAUAGAAGAAAAACCAAAGACCAAAGUAAAAUCUUAGAGCGUGAAAAUCAUCACCAUUAUCAUUACAAUAUCAUCUUUAUGGCUAUAUUUUUAUUAUUUUAUUAUUUUAAGACAUCUGUACAAGUUCUUUUAUUGUUCUUUGAAAAGAAAAAAAAAAUACCAAAUAGUUUGUGCAAAUUGCAGGGGGAAAAACUUUGUUAAUUAUUUGUGCUUAGUCACUUUAGCAAAACAUACAAACAGGAAUUUAUAUGUUUCCUCUUUUUGUAAAUAAAAAUUUGCUAUACAGAAUUGUUUAUCUCA